AUGGCCCGCCUGGACCAAGCCGGGUCAACAAAAGUCGAGGUCUGCCCGAUCCAUCAUGCUAAUCGAUCGGCCCGGCCAGUAGUCUUUCCUGGACCGCCCGGCUUGAGCCCGACUGUUGCAUCCAUUAUGAAACUUACUACACAAACAAAAUCAGAAAUUGGAGUUCUAUGGUAUCGCGAUUAUGAUCAAUCUGUUGACAAAGUUACAGGCUUCUCUGGUAGAGGUGAUGUGCCAGAAGCUAUAAAAACGGCAUUAAAUAAAGCAUUAGAAAUGAAUUUAGUAGAUUUAAAUACAAUAAUAUUUAUAUAUACAGAUGCACCACCACAUCAUCCAACAACCCACGGGACUUGUUGUCUAUGUAACGCAGAAUAUGAGUCAACAGAUGUAGUCAAAUGUUUAGAUUUUAUAAAUGUCAACGUAUUUGCAUUUGAUAAUGAAGUGAAUGCCCAAUAUAAAAAUCUAAUAUACUUACCAAAUAGAUUUAAACAAGAUGAUACAUAUAAAUCCGUAGUAUAUCAAGUAGUAGAAUCUUUGAUGAUACCUCAACAUGUUGUUGCAUUAACUCACAACAGUAUAUUAGGUUUAUUAUGGCGUUUAGUUUGCGAACAAAGAAAAGAUGAACGUAGAGAUAAACUAAUGUCUACAUUAUCAAGAACAUUAAAUACUAUGGAUUCCGAUCAGAAAUUGAAAACAGAUGCAAUAGUUGUUAGAAAAUGGUUAGCAAAAAGUUAUAAUUCCAAAGAUGAAAUUAAAGCUAUAAUUGCAGAAGUUAAAGAACAAGUACCAGCUUUAGUAUUAAUAUUAGAUCAAAAAAUGAAUAGAAUCGAAUUAAUGGAAAUUACUAGAUCAUGUAAUCCACAAGUAUUACGUACGGUCAUGACUUUAUUAAAUCAUCUUACAGUUGUUACAAAUGUAUCUAAUUUACCACAAACAUAUUUACCACUAGGUAUCGAUGAUGAUGAAAUAUUUAAAUUAUUACCACAUCUUUUAGCAAGAGGUCUAAGAGUUUCACUACGUCCUGCCUCUAUUAUGGCUAUGUUAUGUAUAUUAUCAAAGAAUAAUAUACUACAACAACGAGCUGAACGUUUUUUAACAAGUGUAAAAGGCAAAUGGAUUGAUUUAGAUUUACCUGAAAAUUAUGUAUAUACGUUUAGUAAAAUGUGUAUUAAAUUACCACAAUUUUUUACAGAGAAUGAAAAUCUAUUGUUUCAAAAACUGUAUAUUGUGGGUGGACUAAGAUUAAAUGCUGUUACACAUGUAACAGCUAAACAACCAUUCAGUCCAAAAGUUACAGAAAUUCGUAAAGAUACAAAAAUUAAAUGUACACCUGAAUCAUGUACAGAAGAUGAAUCACGUUUAGUACAAUGUAAAACAUGCACUAGUUUAUAUGCAGUAGUUCAAUAUUAUAAAUUAGCCUCAACACCAAAAUGUUAUUAUUGUCGUGAAUUAAAAAUAUCACCAUAUCGUCGUUGCACUGGAUGUAAUAAUAAAUAUGUGCAUUAUGAUUCAACUGAACCAAUAGCAAAUAAUGGUGAAGAAUAUACAUUUCUUUGUGCCGAAUGUGAAUAUUAUACAACUGAUAAAACUAUAGUCGAUAUUCCUGUUUCAAUUAGUACAUUAAUUAACGAUAAUAAAACACAGAUAUUUAAAUAUUUAAAUAUCAAAAUUAAGAAUGAUAUCGAUCUUUUUUCUACUGAAUGGUCAUUAUUUAAAUUAAAAGAUAAAAUCGAAUUAGAAAAUAUAGAUGAUGUCAAAUUAUUAUCAUUAUCAUCUUUAUCAACGCCAUUAAUUCAUAAUCAAAAACCAAUACUAAAUUCUUCAGCAGUCUUGGAUAAAAUUUAUACAUGGGUACUCAGUGGUAAAUCAGAAUAUGUAACUUGUUAUAUAUGUUGUAAUGAUUUGCCACGAGAUAAAAUAAAUAAUACAUGUGGUAAUAAACUAUGUAAUGCUGAUGCAUGUAUUGAAUGUUUAACAAAAUGGUAUCAAGCUGUAAAACCUGGUGGUAUUGUAUUAGUUACAUAUUUAUUAUGUCCAUUCUGUAAACAUGCACCAAGUGGAAAAAUUCUUAAAAAAUAUAAUAAACAAGCAUGUACCAUAUUAAAGCCAGAUAAGAAAAAUGAUAUUGAUGAACAUUGGUAUUACGGAUGGUGUAUUGAUUGUUAUAAAGUUAAACAAGCACAAGAAAAAAUCUGCAGUGCAGAUGGUAGUAUUCCUGUAUUAACUGAUUUUGUUUGUGAUAAUUGUGCUGGAAUCCGCAAAAGUCAUAAAAAUAGCGUCAUUAAAGACUGCCCAGGUAUAAAUGAAAACACUAAGAAAGUCUGUGGUGUAGCAACAUUAAAAAGUGGUGGUUGUAAUCAUAUAACAUGUACUGCAUGUAAUUCUUAUUAG